AUGCAAACCGAGCAGCGUCCCCCGAAGCCGCAUAACAAUGAUCCAAACGGUGAUAAAGGUCAGUAUUGUAGGUAUUACAAGGUUGUUGGUCAUAGCAUAGAAGAGUUCCAUGCUUUGAAGGAUAGAAUUGAGGAGUUAAUAAGGGCGGGACAACUGAAAAAAGGCUUUGCGGGAGGUGGUUCUACCUCAUCGGUAAGGAAGAGACAUUUGAGGGGGUUGAGGAGUGUGAAUAGCAUAGAGGUAGUGAGGCAGUCAAUGUCGAGCAUCACUUUUUUCGAUAAAUAUUUCCAUGCCCCCGACCCUAAUCAAGACGAUCCUAUGGUAAUAACGACAAUCAUUGCUCGGUACAACAUAAGCAAAGUAGUCAUUGACCAAGGUAGCUCGGUCAAUAUACUUUAUUGGAAAACUUUUCAAAAGAUGGAUCUAUCGAAAGAUUUGAUAGUUCCUUACAACGAGCAGAUUGUGGGAUUUGCUAGAGAGCGGGUUGACACCAGAGGAUAUAUGGACUUACGAACGAGUUUUGGAACGGAUAGGGGGACUAAAGAAAUGAAAGUAAGAUAUCUGCUAGUAGAGGCAAAUACACCAUACAAUGUGCUGAUCCGGAGGCUAUGUUUGAAUUCCUUUGGGGCAAUUGUUUCCACACCCCAUUUAUUUAUAAAGUACCCUUCAACCGAUGGCACUAUCUGCACGGUUAGAGCCGAUCAAAAGAUGGCUAGGAAGUGCUACGUGCCAGGCUUGAGGGUGCAACCGCUCGUCCAUAGGCGUGAAGGUAAGGGGAAGGACGUUGCGUUAGCAGACUUGGACCCUAGGGUUGACAUUAAGGAGAGGAUGGAGCCACAAGGGGGGACGAGUCCUUUUAGUCUUGGAAAGUUGGAGGGUCAGAAUACCUCAGUGGGAACUGAGCUGACAGUUGAACAAGUUAAUACUGUUGGUCUUUUAUUGAAAAAAAUUCGUGAUCUUUUUGCAUGGGCGGUGUCCAACAUGCCUGGGAUACACCCCAACGUAAUGUCGCACAAACUAGCAAUGCUCAAAGAGGCACGCCUGGUAGCACAAAAGAAGAGAAGGAUGGGGGAAGAAAAGCGUAAGGAGGUGGACGUGGAGGUUAAAAAGUUGUUGGACGCUUGGUUUAUCAGGGAAGUUAAGUAUACCACUUGGCUAGCCAAUGUCGUCAUGGUGAAAAAGUCAAACAGACAGUGGAGGAUGUGUAUUGAUUUCACAGACUUGAAUAAAGCCUAUCCCAAAGACUCCUACCCACUACCUAGUAUUGAUGGUUUGGUAGAUGGAGCCUCGGGAUAUGCCAUACUUAGCUUCCUGGAUGCUUAUUCAGGAUACAAUCAGAUUCCAAUCUAUCAUUCGGACCGUGAAAAGACUGCUUUUGUCACCGAAAAGUCCAAUUAUUGCUUUGAUGUCAUGCCGUUCGGGUUGAAGAAUGCAGGGGUAGCAUACCAGCGGAUGAUGGAUAAGAUUUUCCACCAGCAAAUAAGGAGAUGCAUGGAAGUUUAUGUCGAUGAUAUGGUGGUGCGGAGUCGGUCAAUGGAGGAGCACGUCAGGGACUUAGCCGAGGUAUUUGGGCAAAUUAGGAGAUACGACAUGAGGCUAAAUCCCACAAAGUGCACCUUUGGUGUGCUGGCGGGAAACUUCCUAGGCUUCAUGCUAACUGCUCGGGGAAUCGAGGCUAAUCCCGAUGAGUGUAAGGCGGUUUUGGAAAUGCGAAGUCCCCAAAGCUUGAAAGAGGUGCAACGUUUGGUAAGACGUCUAACUGCUUUGUCACGGUUCAUCCCAAGGUUGGCCGAGUGGGCCAAACCAAUCAUUACCAUAAUGAGAAAGAACUCGUCAUCAAAAUGGGAUUUGAGCUGCGAAGAAGCUUUCAUGGAGGUGAAGAGAAUUUUGGCCAGCCCACGAAUCAUGGGAAAGCUAGACGAUGGGAGUGACUUACAACUCUACCUUGCUGUCACCGAAACUACAGUUAGCGCGACUCUAACGGUGCUUAACGAUACAGAGGUGCGGUACAAACUGAUCAAGAAGGUUGCUCUUACAUUACUGACAGUGUCGCGCCGUCUAAGACCUUAUUUCCAGAGCCACCAAGUCGUCGUGCAAACCGACCACCCCAUUGCAAAAAUAUUAAGAAAGCCAGACUUAGUUGGUCAGAUUGUCGGAUGUUCGGUAGAGUUGUCUGAAUUUGGGUUGCGUUUUGAACCGCGUGGAUCGAUACGGAGCAAACAAUUGGUAGAAUUCACGUCAGAAUUGUUGUUGAGUGAAGAAAAUGCCAUGCAACCUUGGAAGCUCUUUUUUGAUGGAUCGACCAGUGGAAUGGGAGGAGGCGCAGGGGUAGUAUUGGAGGGACCGAACGGGUUAGCAGUAGAGGAAUCGCUCAUCUUUCAGUUCAAGGUCAGCAAUAAUCAGGCUAAAUAUGAAGCCCUAAUUGUCGGACUGGAGUUGGCCCAAGACUUGGGAGCAGAGUGUGUGGAAUGUCGAACAGAUUCACAAUUAGUGGUUGGUCAGAUGAAGGGAGAUUUCCAAAUCAAGGAUGAUCAAAUCCUUCAAUACUUCCAUAGGGUCACGAAUUUAACGCAAUAG